UGGCGAUUCAGCUCGGCGUUCGUAUACGUGAUAUGAAUUGUCAAACAUACAACAGAUGAGCUAAAGGAGCGACAACCGACACAGCACUGCAGAAACUUGAACACUGCGGUGUAACCACUUCACAGUGAAUUAUCUACCCCGAUAGAUUAACAGACGAAAUGCCUUCUCCGAAAGCUAAAAACCCCGGUCGCAGCGGAGGAAGCCCGGUGCUCGGCGGCUCUAACGGCCGCUACGAGUUCAUGUCUCUGACGAAGCCGCUGAACCGGUCCUCAACGCCGAACCUCCUCCAGCGGCAGGGCUCCGACCCGAUCACGGCCCGGCUCCGAGCCUCGGAGAGCCCCACUCGGCGCCGGGGCUCCAGCUCGUCCACGGGCUCCGCGAGCGGCCAGGGGCUGCCAGAGGAGGACGGUAUACGGCUCAACCCGUCCCUCAUCCGCGUAGCGCUCAGCUCCCUGCUCGCCAUCGACCUGUGGCUGUCCAAGCGGCUGGGGGUGUGUGCCUGCGAGGACUCGUCCUGGGGCAGCGUUCGCCCAUUGAUGAAACUGAUCGAGAUAUCGGGACAUGGCAUACCCUGGCUGGCUGGUACCGCCUACUGUCUGUACAAGAGUGACAGUGCUGCAGGACAAGAAGUCAUGCUCAACCUUUUCAUUGGCCUGCUGUUGGACCUGGUCCUGGUAGCCGUUGUUAAGGCAAUGGUGCGUCGACGUCGGCCAGCACAUAACCGUAUGGACAUGUUCGCAACCUUCUCUGUGGACCGCUACUCCUUCCCUUCCGGUCAUGCCACCCGUGCCGCCAUGUGUGGGCGAUUCCUGUUGGCUCACCUCGUGCUGGCUGCCCCACUGAGGGUCCUUGUCCUGCUGUGGGCCGGCCUGGUGGGGCUGAGUCGAGUGCUGUUGGGGAGGCACAAUGUGACUGAUGUGAUGUUUGGGUUCUGGAUGGGCUAUUGGCAGUACAACCUGGUGGAGAUGCUGUGGCUCUCACCUCAAACCCUGCAAGGUCUUCUGGGACAGUUAGCUUAAUAUUAAGAACUGAAGAAGGAGGAAGUAUGGCGGUUUGAAUCUUGACUGUAAGGGGACCUGCACACCUUUUGUCCUAGAGAUGGUUGAUGGUUGUUUAGCUAGACAAGAGAGCUCUAUCACACAGAAUUUCUUUUUCUGUUAUCUGACAAUUAAGUCGAGCUUCCAGCCCUCAUUCUAUGGCAGCAAAUUGACUGUCUUUAAUAAAUAGCACAGGAUUUUAAUCAGAACAGACCAAAGGGGAACAGUUUUGAUCAGCUUACCUCCUGAUAACAGGUCAUUUGCACCCUCACUGACCCAAUUCAUGGACAACAUGAAGUCAGCUCCUUCUGAUGUAUUGCAGUUGUUUAGAGCCCUGGAUAUUAGUUUAAAUCCAAGUAUACUUUUUCUGCCGAAGGGAUAUUACUUUCUGAGUCUAUGAUUUUGCACCUUGUGAAUCUGAGUAGAUAUCUCCUGCAAUUUUAAAUCACUGAGAAGAGGUCAAAUAAUUCAUAUUAAUUAAUUUGAAUUCUUUACUUUGAAAAAGUUAUGCUAAUUAGCUUUUUACACUUUAAAUACAGAGUAUAUACUUUAUUAAAUUAAAGAAAAAGCAAAGAAGUAAAAGGAUUAGAUACAGCAAUAUAAAAUUAAAUGACACAUCACAGUAACUGAAUCCUAAGCUAUUCUACUUACAAACCCUGAUUAAACUCCUUGUUCAGUGUCACAGUUUCCAGUAGCAACUGCAAAUGACUAACUGGCCACAAUAUAUGGGAUUUAUACACCCUGUUGGUCCACAGGUAUAUCACAGACUGUAUGGAUACCAUUGUUAUGCCCUUCCUAUUAUUGCUAUUGCUUUUGCUAUUGUUAUCGCUACUUUUAAGUUGAGGUCAGUUUCCUGUACUGAACAGGUGGGCAACCUGUCUUAACCUGUCCUCUUUCGUAAGGGUGAUUUCUCAGAACUGAUUUUGAUAUUAGCCAUAUGAUUUUCCUCACUUUGCAGUGCAUGCUCCUGUUCACCUCCAGCUCUCAAAAUUCUCUCUUCUGUCACAAAGCGAACAGAAUUAAUGGCUACAUCUGAGUAAGCACACCCAAACCCUCAUAAACAUUAGUUUCAUCAGUUUAUAUCACUGUUAUUCUUAUUUCUUUUACAUUUUCACUGUUACAUUAAAGGUACAAUAUGUAACAUUCAGAAAACCCUUGCUAUUAAUGACACUAGUGGCUGUUAAGAGAACUGCAGUCAGCAUCGUGUUGCUCACGCAUGCUCGCACUCCGUAGGUGGGUGCAAGCAAGCAUCUUGGGCAUCGGCCAAAACAGUGACAUGACAUACACAAGACUGAACGUGAUUGACCGGCAUCGUGUUCAUAGAUGAGGUAACUAAAGUUACGCUGUUUUUAUAGUUUGAGUAUAAACUAUAUUUGAGACAAUAGAUUGUGAUUGACUGUAAAACAAAGUGUGGAAAUAGGUCUGGCUAUGUGACACUAUAGUUUGACUAAUGUUAUGUUUUUUUUAAAAUAGGAUUUAUAAAGUGUAAUAUCACUGUCAGCUUGCUAGCUAGCACAAUAUAGGCUAGUGAUGUAGAACUAAUUCAUUCUCGUUGCAUGAUGCAUUGACUGCAUUUAUACGAUACGUCAGCUUUAAUUAGCUAGCCAGCUUUUUCAAUCGCUGCUUGUCUAGCUUUCACUGAGAGGAUCAGCAAUGCCAUCAUACCUAAAUUUGCUGGAUGACGUGACGUGAUAGUUUCCAUCACUACUCUCAUUUCGCUAAAUUGAUGCACUAAUGUUUUAGCAUAAUAAAAUAGACCUUUUAUAUUGUCAAGUAACAUUACUGUACUGAAUGUGUCUAGCAGUUUGUUGAUACAAAAAUAAUCCCAAACUAAGUAUCAGUUAUAAACAGAUGAUAGGAGUGGGAUGAGUGACAUUAGCCUCGAGAUAAUGUCACAAGUCACUGAAGAAAAAUAACCACGGUUUGGCUCGGUAGAUGGUAAAGGAGUCACAGAUGUGGUAUUUUACUGAGAGAAAAUGAUGGAAGAUGUACAUUUAUCAUACAUGGAUUUUCAGUCACUUUCAGUUGCUGUUAGAAGUUUAAAGAACUUUAUUUGAAGGGCAAAAAAGUGGAGUGUGAGCCAGGAAAAAAGCUUUUUCUGAUGAAACUUUUUUUGUUUACAGAACAUAAUGAGUUAAAGGAUAUGCUGUGGUUUUAUUAAAAGGAUAGUGGCAACAAGAUUACAUCUCUGACUAUUAUGAGUUCAUUAGAUUAUGACUGAUUCACCUCAUUGUCAUAGAAUUGUUCUCUUUCUCAGGACAAAACUAAGCCCAUCACUGCUUUACACAUGAAAAUUUCUGAUUUCAUGAAACUCACACAAACCCAAAUUUGGAUAU